CAGGCUCACGGGACGGCUGCAGCGCUCAGCGCCUCCGGCUCCGGGACGCGGUCGUCCCGACUCCGAGCGGAAAGUGUCAAACUUUCAUCCGUGCGCGGGUGGGGCUCAGCAGGACCCCGGCGCGUCCCGCCCGGCUCCCCCAGCCUCCCCGCAGGGUUAGCUGCGCUCAGCGCACUUUCCAGUUGCGACCGGCCAGAAGAUGGAGCGGUCACAAUGUGGCGGCAGAGACCGCGGCGGGAGCGGCCGACCCCACCUGGCCCCGGGGCUGGUGGUGGCUGCGCCUCCCCCGCCUUCCCCGGCCUUGCCGGUCCCGUCGGCGCUGCAGGUUCCCCCGGCGUUCCUGCGGCCGCCCAGCCUCUUUCUGCGAGCUGCGGCCGCCGCUGCCGCCGCCACCACCUCGGGAAGCCGGGGCUGCCCGCCCGCUCCGGGACUGGAGAGGGGGGUGGGCGCGGGGGGCUGCGGCUACCCGCGGACGCCCAAGUGCGCCCGCUGUCGCAACCACGGCGUGGUGUCGGCGCUCAAGGGCCACAAGCGCUUCUGCCGCUGGCGCGACUGCGCGUGUGCCAAGUGCACCCUGAUCGCCGAGCGCCAGCGCGUCAUGGCCGCCCAGGUGGCGCUGCGCAGGCAGCAGGCGCAGGAGGAGAGCGAAGCCCGGGGGCUGCAGAGGCUCCUGUGCUCGGGGCUGUCCGGGCCCCCCGGGGGUCGGGCACCCGGGGGCGGCGGCAGAGCCGAGGAUCCCCAGGCCACCGGCGGCCCUGCGGCGGCGGCGGCGGCUGCGCUGGGACUCGGUGCCUUGAGACAGGCCAGCGGUUCCGCGACCCCCGCUUUCGAGGUCUUCCAGCAAGAUUAUCCUGAGGAAAAACAAGAACAAAAAGAGAGUAAAUGUGACUCAUGCCAGAAUGGACAAGAAGAACCAAUCUCCAAAUCCCAUCAACUUUCCCUAGGAUCAUCUCCUAGGUCUAAUGGUGUCAUUGGGAAACAAAGCAUCAGGUCAUCUAUUUCAGAAUACUCCAACAAGCAUGAUAGUAUCCUAUCUUCUCAUCCUGGAGAGCAAUCAGAAGGUGAAGAGAGUCCCAGGUCCUUAUCAUCCUCUGAUCUGGAAUCAGGAAAUGAAAGUGAAUGGGUCAAAGACUUGACUGCCACCAGGGCCAGCCUUCCUACAGUGUCCUCAAGACCAAGAGAUCCUCUUGAUAUCCUUACCAAGAUUUUCCCAAAUUACAGGCGCAGCCGUCUGGAAGGCAUUCUGCAGUUCUGCAAAGGGGAUGUGGUCCAAGCCAUUGAACAGGUUUUAAAUGGCAAAGAACACAAGCCAGAAAACAGGAACCUAGCAAGCUCAGGAGAACUGGAAAACACAACCUUUCAGAGAGCUUCAAGUUUUAAUCUUGCAGGAAUUGGUUUUGGAACUCUAGGUAAUAAAUCAGCUUUCUCUCCUCUUCAAACUACUUCUGCAUCUUACAGAGGUGACUCAAAUCUCUACAGCUUAAAUCCUAGAGUAGGUAUCAGUCCAUUAAGGCUGGCAUACUCUUCUGCAGGAAGAGGAUUAUCUGGUUUUAUGUCACCCUACCUAACACCUGGGUUGGUACCCACCCUGCCUUUUCGGCCAGCUUUGGAUUAUGCCUUUUCAGGGAUGAUUAGAGAUUCUUCCUACCUUUCCAGUAAAGACUCAAUAACUUGUGGUAGACUGUAUUUCAGACCAAAUCAGGACAGUCUGUAAUGUAUAUGUCCAUUCCUCCUUUCUGGAGUGUUUCUAGAAGUGUGCAAUACAUGCACGUGCACACGCAUGCACACAUAUCCAUUAAUAUACUUCAGUAAGUAUGUGACUAGAUUAUGAGGUUUUUAAAAUGCUAUUUUUUUCACAAGCAAUAUAAUAGGCAUUAGAUCUGAAGAUCCUUCAUUAGAAUUUAUUAAGUGAAAGAAGUAAAUUUGAACACUAUAUGUGCCUUGAAUAAAGCUAUUUCAGGAAAUAUUUAAUGAAUUUUCUCCCUAAAUUAUCAUUUGCAAAAAUGUUUUAUUUUAAAAACUAUACUUUUUAUUUUAUUGAAAAGUGGAAUUUUUAGUGAUAAAAUACAUUUGUAAGUAUAAAGCAAUCCAUCAUAAUAUAAACCAAAAGGAAGAAUUGAACAAUUAAGGCAAUUCUAAGUGAUUACUACUUCAGAACGUUUUAUUCUUUUAUUCUGUCCCUUGUUCAUAGGAAAGAAAAAAGUUAUUCAAAGUAUUUUUAAAAUAUUUUAUUUGCAGAUAGGUGAUUCGUAACAAAUAAACCAUUGGAGCGAUUUGAAUUUAUAUUUUCUGAGUGUUGU